CCUUUUUCCUCUUUUCCGAUUUCUUUCUCACUCUUAACUUGACCUAUCGAUCACUCUAAUCAUUGCAGAACAGAAACCAGUAUUCAUUUUGAAAUGGUCCGGCAAUCCGAUGGGAAUCAACCUACAAAUGGACAAUCGUCCCGCAAUGUCUCUGAGAAAUCUAGCAUGGCUAUUUCCGAAGUAGAAACAGUAAUAUUCAGUGAUAAGGAAGUCCAACCUUCUGACACCAAUGACAUUGAUAUAGCCGAACGGCUUCCUCCCUCAUUUGCAGAAUCAGAAUUCCAUCAUAUUCAGCGUAGACAAGUCAACACCGCACGCGGAACUCUUUUAAAAUGGUCCGAAGUACCCUCCCGCUAUCCAAACUUGAGCAAUGCAUGGGAAUUCGCGGGAUGGGGAAGCACAUAUUAUAUGGAAUUAGAACCAAGCGACAUUGAUCAAUUCCACACCACCCGAGAUAAAAGAACACUUAUAGGACAAUGGCGUGCGACCUCAAUUGCUGGAAAUGAUCUCAUUGCGUCCGUUCUCUAUUCAAUUGGGCCGUGUGUAUUGCAAGCAGGAAAAUAUGCACCGAUUUCAAUGUUUUUGGUAGCAUUACUUAUGUAUCCUAUGAAAAGAAUCAUUACAGAAGUCGCCACAGCAUUACCCCUUAAUGGAGGUUGUUACAAUGCAAUGCUCAACACGACAUCAAAAACUGUGGCAGCCGUUGCAGCAUGUCUCUCUAUUCUCGACUAUCUCGCCACAUGUGUGGUAUCGGCAUCAACAGCAUCUGCAUACCUUGCUGCAGAAGUCGAUUUACCCGAAAAAUUUUCAGCUUUUGUAUUAACAAUUAUCAUUCUUAUUGCUUUCUCACUCGUCUGCAUUUUGGGCCUAAGAGAAUCUUCGACCCUUACUCUCUCGAUAUUUACCUUACAUUCAAUCACUAUGGCCGUUGUAAUGAUUGCAAGUAUAGUUAUGUGGGGUCGUCAAGGAAAUAAUGUCCUGAUUGAAAAUUGGAAUAUACCAGAUCCUGAAGGAACUUCACCACUCCGGAUGAUAUUCAAUGGUUUUUGUAUUGGCCUUUUGGGAGUCACUGGCUUUGAAUCUGCAGAAAACUACAUCGAAGACUUGAAGCCAAAUACAUUCCCCAAAGUCAUGAACAACAUGUUUAGCUUUCUCUUUGUUAUCAACGCCCCGAUGACACUUCUUGUCGUUGUACUUGUCCCUGUUCCUGUCAUACAAGCCAAUGCAGCCAAUGCUGUCUCUAUUUUGGGACAGUACGCUGUAGGUGGAAAUCGUUGGCUUCGCGUGUGGAUCAUGGUAGACGCUGUCAUUGUACUUUGUGCAGGCGUUCUUACUGGUCUAAUUGGUGCUAUCGGGCUUGUUCAACGCAUGGCAAGUGAUCGUAUCUUGCCUCGCUUGUUUCUUAUUCGCAACCGAUGGACUGGAUCCUAUCAGUAUAUUGUCUUGGCUUUCCUGGUACUCAGUAUCAUUAUGUAUGUAAUUGUUGGAGGAGACACAACAUCUCUAUCAGGUGUAUUUGCUGUCGCCUUCCUAUGCUCUCUCUCUACGUUUGCUGCCGUGAAUAUCCUGAUGAAGUACAAGCGUGGUCGCCUGGUGCGAUUCAUUAAAGUCAACCUCCUUACUUCCAUGGCCACACUUGGUGUUCUGAUCGGCAGUUUGAUUGGCAAUAUUAUCAUUGACCCUGAGAUCGCUGAGUAUUUUGUUAUCUAUUUCUGCGUUGUGCUCUUAGUUGUCUUGAUCAUGUUAAAGAGUGCAUGGCUAUUUAAGCUCUGCUAUUGGCUCUUUGAUCAGAUGGAUUUCUUUCAUCGCUUCGAAAGCUUCUCCAAAAAGGCCGAGUCUUUCAUUCAAAAUCGUAUCCAAAACAUUCGUAAAGCACCAUGCGCUUUCUUCCUCAAGACAGAUGAACCUCACGUGAUGAACAAGGCAAUUCAGUAUAUCAAGCACAAUGAGGACUGCGGACACAUCAAGCUUAUUCACAUAUACAAUAAAGUCGGCGACAUCCCGGAGCUCAUGGAAAACCAUCACCGUACAUUAGAUGAGAUAUAUCCCAAAAUACAGAUUGACUUGGUUUUUGUACAGGGUACAUUUGAUCCUGCCACAGUAGACGCGAUUUCUCGACAACUAGAUAUCCCAAAGUCAUUCAUGUUCAUUUCCUGUCCAGGCAAAGAAUUUGAAUUUAAUUUUGGGGACUUUGAAGGAGUGCGCAUUAUCAUGCUCUAGAUUCUAUUUUACUACCAGUUUAUUUUUUUCCUUCACUUUUCCAUCAUCCUUAUACACUGUAAUUCACACUUU